GCGCCGGGCGUCUCCCCCCGCCCCCUCGGCCCCUGUCCCUGGCCGGUGGUCGCCGGGCAGGGUUUCUGGCGGGAGCCGGGUGGGAAUCUCUCCUGGCCGCUGCUGUGAGGGGUGACACGGCCAUCCCGUCUGCCUCGGGAUGCCUCGGCCAUCCCGCUCCCCCCAUCCCCAAAGCGCUGCCUCGCGAAGGCGCGCAGGAAAACCCAGUCCCCGGGCGCGGGCAGGGCCGGCGCUGCUGCCGGCUCCCCGCCACGGUUGCGGGAGUGCAGCGGUCCCGUUAUUUCCCCUCCCGGCUCCCCUCGGCCGCCGCCCCGGUCCCCCUCCCCCUGCUGACUCCGACAGGCUCCGCGUCCCUCCUGCCCCACGGAAAACACACACAGUCCCCGGCACCCGCCCCGGCUACCCGGCCCAUUCAAACAAACAAACAGAAACCCGCCCCGUCGCAAAGCCAACCGACGGUAAACUUUCUAAUGACUUCUUCUUUCAAGUGCUUAAAAGGCAAGGAGCACCGGGGGAGGGGAAGAAGGGGGCAUCCAUCUCCCGGCCGGGGCGGGAGGGGGCCCGGAGCUGCAGCCGCUCGGGGUCCGUCCGUCCGUCCGUCCUGCCGGACGACGGGACAGGGACGCAAGCCGGGGAGAAAAAUUAGCAGGAGGAGAUCAGAGAAGAUAAGCGAGGAGCAAGCAGCUUCCCCGAGACCUUUCACUGCGGAUCCGAGAGGGAACAUCAGACGCGUAAAAAAAGAAAAAAGAAAAAACAAAAACAAAAACCAAAAAGCCAAACAAAACAAAAAACCCCAAACAAAACAAAACACAGCGUUCAAGCCAGCACAAGGCGAGCGAAAGAUCAAAAA